AGUAACCCCCCUCCCGAUUCUCGCAGCUACUCGGUGGCGUCUCAAGGCAGCGGCAGCUCCCCCAUGUCUCUGCGGCGGCCGAGCCAAAAYGCCAACUCUCUGUUCGGCUGGGCGCACGGCCACAAAGGCUCGUCGCUCUACUCCAGCAAGAGGUCCAUGAUGCCGGACCACCUGGUGGACGCCAGAGAGAUGAUGAGCCAGGCCCAGGGCCARCACAAAGACCUGAUCCAGAGCAUCGAGGGGCUGCCGGCGGCCCCGGGCCUCUCCCCCUUAGACCAGGACUUGUUGAUGCUGAAGGCCACCUCAAUGGCCACCAUGAGCUGCCUGAACGAGUGCCUGCACAUCCUGCACCUGCAGCAGGUGGCCAGGCAGAGGAACGCCCUGGGAGCGGGGCCCACCAUCGAGUGGCUGGAGCCCAAACUGCCCGACAUCCUGAAGAACGGCGGCAGCUCCCUGGGCAGCUUCACGACGGGGGGAGAGGGCCUGUUGGAGGGGGAGCAGCUCGAGCUGAGCACCCCGGAGUCCUGCAGCUUCUCUGGGGAGCAGGAGGACAUCGAUCCAGAGGAUGAGGUGGAGGACUUGUUUGAAGACAAAGAGGAAGACCUGGGCGCCGUGGAGGAGGAGCGAAGCGUCAUCCUACACCUGCUGUCGCAGCUGAAGCUGGGCAUGGAUCUCACACGGGUGGUCCUCCCCACUUUCAUCCUGGAGAAGCGUUCUCUGCUGGAAAUGUACGCAGACUUCAUGUCCCACCCGGACCUCUUCAUUGCCAUCACGGACGGCAGCAGCCCGGAGGACCGCAUGGUCCGCUUCGUGGAGUAUUACCUCACCUCCUUCCACGAGGGCCGCAAGGGCGCCAUCGCCAAGAAGCCCUACAACCCCAUCAUCGGCGAGACGUUCCACUGCUCCUGGAGGGUGCCCAGGAGACAAGACUCCCCCAAGGAGCCCUCGCUGGGGAGCCCAGAACCCCCCAACGCUCCCUCAGCCCAGGAGUUCGACCAGCUGCGCUUUGUGGCCGAGCAGGUGUCCCACCAUCCCCCGGUGUCGGGCUUCUACGCCGAGUGCCAAGAGAGAAGGAUGUGUGUCAACACACACGUGUGGACCAAGAGCAAGUUCAUGGGGAUGUCCAUUGGAGUGUCCAUGAUUGGAGAAGGUUGCCUGCAUUUGCUGGAGCAUGACGAAGAAUACACCUUCACGCUGCCCUGCGCCUACGCUCGCUCCAUCCUCACCGUUCCCUGGGUGGAGCUGGGCGGCAAAGUCAACAUCAGCUGCGCCAAAUCCGGCUACUCCGCGGUCAUCACGUUCCAGACRAAACCAUUUUACGGAGGCAAACUCCACAAAGUAACAGCAGAGGUGAAGCACAACCACACCAACGCGGUGGUGUGCCGGGUGCAAGGCGAGUGGAACGGUGUGUUGGAGUUCAGCUACACCGGCGGGGAGACGAAGGUGGUCGACGUCACCAAACUGCCCGUGACCAGGAAGCGCGUCCGGCCGGUGGAGAAGCAGGCGCCCACCGAGUCCAGGCGCCUCUGGCAGCACGUGACGGAGGCUUUACGGCAGAAAAACAUCGACAAAGCCACCGAGCACAAGAGGGUCCUGGAGGAGCGGCAGCGGACAGAGGAGCGGCACCGCGCCGAGACCGAGACGCUUUGGAGGACCCGAUACUUCGACCGAGAGGGUGACGGCUGGUUUUACCGCAAGCCACUAUGGAAAAACUCUUCAUCCAAGUCCUAGUUCCUUCAGUGUUUUAAAGAAAGGUGGAUUGGGGGCGUGUCUGUGUGCACACAUGCAUGCAGGUAUGACAUGAGAGCAUGCUCUACACAGAGACGCGGCGCGAUGCUCACAGAGCAGCUUUUGUACUGCUGACCUUUUUAUUUUAUACAAUCCAACAUGGAUGAAAACACAUUCUUGUACAGGUACUCACAGCCUUAAGACAGUCCGAUGAAUGACGCUCUAAUCUUGUUUCUUUUCUUCAUCUCUUCGAUUUCUAACAAAGGUGACUGAGAAUGGGGGUGGAAAAAACAAAUGGCCUGAAAUUCAUUAAUCCAGUGUGAUGGCUCAUUUCAGGCUUUUUAUCUGAAUGACUAAAGAAACCGAGGCAAGUUGGGAUGAAAUGUGAUUCUAAAAUCGGGGRCAAAUUUCUAGAGUAAAGUUGGUAACACUGGACAAGAUUCCCACACUUACAGCAGCAAAUCAGACCGAUAGGGGGGUUUAUUUUAUUUUAUUUAAAUUUUUUUCCUGGUUGGAAAAGUUGGCAAAAUUCUAUUCAGAUUUGUUUUUUAUUGCUAUCUGAGGUGAAAUGAAUGGAAAGGAAUAAAAGAAUAAAAACCCAAAAGUUUUUGAGACUAUAGGCAAAAACACAAGUUUGCAAGUUUGUUGUUGUGAAAUUAGCUACUUAUUUGAAAUAUAUUCUUUGCAAAGCUCACUUUUUGUUCCUGUAAAUUUGAAUAUUUGUCUUUUUAUCCUAAUAAAUUUUUCACUCACUAGUUAGAAGUGUUUCAAUUUAAUCACAGAUAUAACUUUUUCCUUUUUUUUAAGGAAUUUUGCCUCCCCCUCCCCAAUUUUAUGUGCUCUAAUAUGUUGUUGUAUUUAUAAUUUAAUGCARGUAAUAACAUUUUAAAACUUGGGGAAACUUGCACUGUUUUUGCCACGCAGUYUAUUACGUCAUCUAUAUAAUCUCUAAUCCUAAAAGGUAAUUCAGAUUACACCAUACGUGUUUUCCCWUCUUUGCAUCUUUACAUUUCUUUAUUCUAUUCAUUAACAGUUCAAACAUGUAACAGAUGGUUUAUAAUGUACUAUAUUGUAGAAAUAGUCUGUUCACUGAUGUAACAUAAAUGAUAAUAAACACUUUAUAGUAUAGUUCAUAUAAAUCAUUUCAUGUUUUUGAACAGUUUAUUUUGCACCGGUUUAUAUAAAUGAAUAAAUUACAUUUAAAUCAGGCAGUGUUACAGUUUAUUUAUUUUUUUCGCUAAUAAAAUCACCAUAUUUUUUUCGGCAAAGCGCUUUAAUGACUGAUCGCUCUUAAAAUAUGUCGGAACGGCAUGUCAUAGAUUAGCUGACAAAUUAGUUUAUAAAAGAAAUAAAUAAAUCACAUGGGAAUGCAUCUAAAAAUUUCUCCCCGACUUGUUUUAUUUAUUUUUUGGAUCCUUAUGCAUGACGACAAAAUGUCUCGGCUGAUUGCACCAAGUCUCUGACUACAUGUGUUUCUGUGUCUAUCGUUAAAAAGCUUUUAAUUAAAUGUGGGKUUUUUUGUUUUUUUAAUGCAAUAAAUAUUUUUUCUUUAAAAGUGUGGUUAUCUCCUAUCCUGUGCUUUAAUUGCUCUAAUUUUUAGAGCUGCAUUUUGUAUAGAAAUGUUCCAUCAGUGUUUCUGAUCCAUAAUGCUGUUUGUUUUUAGACGUUUUAGCCUCGAAUUGUAUGUAAAGCGGCUAAAUCCACCCUGCCGUCAAUAAGCUACUCCCACCCAGUCCUGGUGCCUUACUCAGCRUUUUUUCUGAGCGUCUCUUCCAGUGAAGAAUUGACGCUUUUUUCAUCACUUUCUCACCUGAAYGAUGCACUGACGUACAGUAUGUUCUGGUUUUUAUGGCGUGUUUUCCCAUUUUUCUUCUCAAGAAACGGUGCUUGAGGUUGAGGGAAGUGGACUGAGCUCUUUUUUUUUUAUUUUUCCCAAAAUCCCAGGUGUUGUCGUUCUCCUGCUUUCUGAUUUUUAACCUAUGAAAUGCACUGAGGUUGAAGGAAAMCUGAUGUAGAAAAAUGUGUGAUAAUAUUCAAAUAAAACUGCAUAUCAGCUGUAA